AUGGCGGAGUAUUGGAAAUCAGCGCCCAAAGUCUGGUGCAAACAAUGCAAGAUCUUUAUCCGCGAUACCGCCUUCGAAAAGACCCAACAUGAGGCCACCGGCAAGCAUCAGGGUAACCUGAAACGAUUUCUCCGUGACAUCCAUCGCAACAACGAACAACAGCAACGGGAGACACAAAGAGCUAAGAAUGAAGUCGAGCGACUACGGCAGACCGUGGCCGGAUCCGCUGCGGGAGGGAAGGACGGCGACGCAGCGCCCUGGAAACGUGCGGCGCCAGCUCCCAAACCCCAGGAACGCCCGGUUUCGCUGGAAGAGAGAAAGCGGCAAAUGGCGCAACUUGCGGAGAUGGGCAUUGCUAUCCCUGAUGAAUUCCGCGGUGAAAUGGCUUUGGCGGGAGAAUGGCAAACGACCUCAGAGAAAGUCGUUCGAUCUGAAGACGAUGCGAAAGCCGAUAUCUCGGUAGGAGUACGCAAACGUAAACACGAAGAACGCGAUGAGGAGGAAGAGGAAGCGAAACGGGAAGCUGAAAGAUUCGUGAGCAAAGGAUGGGGCUCGAGGACCCGGCAGUAUCCGGGCGCGCAGGAGGAUACCGAUCUGGAUGCGCUUCUGGAGUCUACGAAGGACAUCAAGAAGGCUAAACCUUCCAUACCGGCGAAUGCGGCGCUUACGAAAGAGCCAGAACCUCUCAAGGGCCAGUUCAUACCGAUUAAGCUAGAGGGCGAUGCAGGAGCUUCUGAGCCAGAUGCGCCAAAGAAAGAGGAGCCUGAGACAGAUGCACCAGCGCAGGUCAAGGUGGAAGAGACUGAGUCUAUCCUAUCAGUCCCUGCAGCUACGCAUGAACCCGAGGACGCGCCAGCGGCCGGGGUCGUUUUCAAAAAACGCAAGCCUAAGAUAAUGAGGAAGUGAUGGGUCGAAGGAUACAGACUCAUAUCGGCCAGCCUUAUGAGGGCACCACGGAGCUGUGUUACAUCGAUAUUUUGCCAACUAUGCGCCAGUGCUCCAUUUAGCCUACAAGAUGUUCCCGUAUUCGAGUGCUGAAACCCGUUUGAACGCGAUCUUACACCUGUGGGAGUCACCAACUUCCAUUCAGAAUGGGCAGAUGGCGAUGGGAUUUUGACGCAGGACUGGGUCGUUGUCUGGGAAGCAAACAUUAUGUGGAUGGGCAUCUUGGAGAUAGAUCUCAUCGACGUGGAUGAUGGGAAAUAUGGGAAGGUGGAAUCUUACCUAGCGAUAAACCCCGGAUGGCCGAAGGGGUGCGAGUUGCUAUUACCAGCAUCUUAGGUAGGGACACUUGUACUUCCCGGGGCUCGAUUGACGGUACCGACAGCCUUACAUCGCGAGAAAACUCU